AUGGACCUCCGACAAGCAAGCGAUAUCCACAUGAUAUUUAGACAGGGUGUGGACAGUGAUCGCUUACAACCUCCAACACAUCCUCCGUCGCAUCUACAAAUUGAAGCGCCUGAUGCGCGUCAUAUUCGCGUGACCUGGAUGCAAGUACCGCAAAGUACAUGGAUGUGCAAUGAAAUUCAGAUUGAACUUGAAGUAACUGAGCCAACCAGAUUGCCAUUGGUAAUUCUUGAUGGACGUCAAACAUCACACGUUCUAAAUACGCAACCUAACCAACAAUGGUCUGUUCGCGUACGUACAAAAAAUUCAGCGGGUCAUUCUCCUUGGUCCCAAACAGUUUCAACGCGUACAGCACCAGCAGGAGAAUUGAUAAUUGGACCUACAGUAAGUUUCCGACAAGGUAUUCCAGUGCUUACAUGGAAUAGCUUGGAGCGUGUCGAAGAUAUAGUUAAAUCUUAUCAAGUUGAAUGGAGAUCUUCGGUCAGUCCGUCUUGGCAAAAGUAUCGGGAAUCGGUACCAUACACUGGCUGGCAGAGGCCAUAUACAAUUGAAAUGAAAGAUCUUGUUCCUGGUCAGUAUUAUCAAAUCCGCAUAAACGCUAUAGAUGCAAAUAAUGCAGUAUCUUAUACAACAUCCGUGGUAAACGUACAGGCACAAAGAAUGUGCAGCCCACCUCGACGAGCACCAAUAAAUGUUCAUGCAACUGCCAUUGGUCCCACCCAAAUUCGAGUUUCUUGGCAUCCGCUCCAUGAAACUGAAUGGAACUGUGACCAAAUAUGGUACGUAGUCAAAUAUAGCACACCUAGAGACCAAGGUUUUCGUAAUCUAACGAGAGGUGAGAACCAGGUGGUGUUUGAUUCUAAGCCAUUUACUCAGUGGACAUUUGAAGUCCAAGCAGCAAAUCCAGCUGGAGAGUCAGUUUGGUCGAAAAGUGUCACUGCACAAACCCAGGGAACAGCUCCUGGUCCAAUAUCAGAUCUUCGCAUUUACACCAUAUCACCAGACUCACUCCAACUUUCUUGGAGACCCCCAGAAAAUCCAAACGGUCAAAUUACAGGCUAUGAAAUUACCUAUCAGUUACUAUCAAAAGGACUUUGCGACCAAGUUAGCGAUCGACCAAUUACAGUGACAAGUAAUAGGCCAUCAUAUACAUUACGCGGACUAUCACCGCAUUCGAAUUACCGCAUAAGUGUAGCUGCUAAGACGAAUAUUGCAGGUGAACCACUGUCGCAAGAAGUUCAAACAGACCAAUCAAUUCCAACAGCUUCACCUUUAUAUAUACGAUCUGAAAGCAAAACACAUGAUACUUUGGAUAUUAGUUGGCAAGCACCACCAUGUAUCCAUACUAAUGGUGAAAUCACAGAGUAUGAAUAUGAAAUAAAGGUGGCAGAUGGUGAUCCAUCGCAAAAACCUGUUGUCAAUACGGUCAGGGGAAACACACGUACAAGAAUAAGUGGUCUUCGACCGUUGAGGAAAUAUUAUGUUCGCCUACGUGCCUAUACUAGGAAAGGGCCAGGACCUUGGUCGCAACCAGUCAUUAUGCAAACUGCUCCUUCUCAAGAAAUCUCUCCUCCACCAGUUGUAAAGUUGUUAACGGCGGAUUCAAAUCAGGCUCAUCUACUUUGGCAAGAACCAGAUAAGGCUUAUGGUCAUGUGGAUAGAUUCAAAUGUCAAUAUUCAGUUGUCGGUACCAGAGAUUAUCGCGAAAAACAAUUUCCAGCAACAAAUCCAUGUUCGAAAGAGAUUAGUCGCAUAGCAGGACUACCCGUUUCGCCUACUGGUCCACGUUGGCAUUGUGGCACUAUUGGUGGAUUACAGCCAGAGAAAGAAUAUGAAUUUCGGGUCUCAGCAGGUAGUCCAGAUGGAGCAUGGUCGCCUUGGAGCCGGCCUGAGAAAGGUUCCCUUAGUGAAGAACCUGUCCAGAUCCUUUCCAUUCAAAAAAUAGGCGGAAGUGCGACAAAUUUACAAAUCGUCUGGAAUAUAAAACCAACAGAUAUAUCACGUGUCAGUGGAUUCCGGAUUCAUGUUGCACCUUUAGAAUAUAGAGCUCAGCCACAGAUAUUCACUGUCGACCGUUCAACAAUGCAAUACCAAGUAGAUAAUUUGAAACCGAAUAGCGAUUAUAACAUAACUGUAGAAGCUGCCGUUGGAUCGAGAUACCAUUCUGGAACAAGCGUACGAAUGCGGACGGAUUCUUUAUCGCCUACAGAUACUUUGUUGCGACCAAAAGUUAUUGAAGAACAAGCAACUUCUGUUACUGUUGAAUGGAGUGCACCACGCAUAGAUGUUGGUGGAUUCAUUGUAGAGUACCGUCUGGGCGAUGGCGUAUGGCUGGAAUAUCCGAAGCGAAUUCCUGCAUAUCCUGGUCGCCGAACAUAUACUGCUAAAGUAGAACAGUUACCCACAAAUAAUGCUGUGGAUAUUCGGGUACGUGGUGUAUCCUUACAAAAUGAAAAAUUGUCGCCUGGGCCAGAAAUUCGAGCACGCACUAAGUGCUCAGCGCCUCCAUUCCCACCACAAGCUAUACGAAUUGAUGCUCCAACUACGAAUGAAGUUCGCGUUUCAUGGGCCAGACCAGCGAAAGAUACUUGGCAAUGUGACCAAUUAAAUUUUGAAAUUGCAUAUCGUGUUGGAAAUGAUGCUGAAAAAAUCAUUCCAGUUGCCGGUGACCAAACUGAAUACUCUUUUCCGGCUGAUGCAAACAGUCGUUGGGCCAUUAAAGUUCGUUCCAGUAAUCAAGUUGGUGCCAGUCCAUGGAGCACAGUACAGACAAUAGCAACGAAACAAGGAGUUCCUGGCUCUGUGAGAAAUUUACGUCUUCGUGCUAUAGGACCAAAUGAAGUGCUAGUUCAGUGGUCAGCACCCAUAGUUCAAAGAGGCACAAUUGUUGGUUAUGAUAUAAGUUAUCGCUUAAAACAUAGGCUCGCUUGUCCAGAUGAAGAACCAAGAGAUGUGAGUCGAGAUUUUAUUACAGUAUAUAAUCACAAAGAUCUUGAGUAUACACUAACUGGCUUGCUUCCCUUCUCACUUUAUGAAGUUCGAGUGAGGGCACGGACUACAGAACUAGGCCCUGAAGAAACAAAAGAUAUUGUAACUGAACAACAGCCACCAAGCGCUCCACCAUUAAAUCUUCAACUAGGAUACGCUUUGGAGCGAUCAAUUAACUUCCAAUGGGAAGAAGUCGAAUGUUCUCAACGUCAUGGUCAUAUUGUCAAUUAUGAAUAUGAAAUUCUCGGACAAGAUGAUUGGGCCAAAUUAGAAAGGCAAAUAGCCAAUACUACAAACACAUAUAUCACAAUUGAUGGUCUCACGCCUUUCACCAAAUAUGUUAUGAGAGUUAAAGCAUAUAAUAGUGUUGGUGGUGGGCCUAACACCGAAAAUCUGGAUGCAAUGACUUCAAAAGCUGAUGCGCCUUUACCUCCACAGGAUUUAGUUGUUGCUCAAGAAGGCACAAAUUCAUUUAUGAUAUCAUGGUUGCCACCUUAUCCUCCUUAUGGUCCACACGAUGCGUAUAAAAUACGCUAUCAAAUUCUUAAUGCAAAUUCCUGGACAAAUAUCGAGAAAGAUGUUGACGAUCAUCUCUUGCAAUGUCCAGCAGAUAGCCCUCGCUUUUGCUUUAAUAUUACUAAUUUGGAACAUGGGCAACAAUAUCGAGCUCAAGUAGCAACUCGAAUUGAAGGUGGAUCAUAUGGACCAUGGAGUACAGUUAUAAUAGCCAAUACGCUUCAAAUCCUACCUGAUGCACCAAGAGCUAUCGAGUUGAUAGCAAAGACACAUCAUUCACUCCAUAUACGCUGGCUUCCUCCAGCUGACCCACUUGGUCACAUAACUCAGUAUAAAGUCAAUAUUGUUUCAAUGGAGGACCCUCAAGGUCAAAUUAUAACUCAUUUAGUUGAUCACCCAAAUCUGCAAUUUUUAUUCAGUAAUCUUCUUCCAGAAACGUCUUAUAAUGUAAGCAUAUCGGCUGGAACUUCCCGUGGUUUUGGGCCAGAAAUAUGGACCAGAUAUUCAACAAACCCAUUUAAGGUGCCAGGCAUUCUUGCAGCACCAGAAUUAAGGCCAGAUAAUGCAAAUGCUCUUGAUGUUCAGUGGAAUGGUGUACCAGAUCCGAAUGGGCGCAUUCGAGGUUAUAUCAUUGAAUAUCGUCCCAGCGAUACCCCAACAUUUACAGAAUAUAGCGGAAUAAUAGAACAAGAAGCAAAUAAGGAAAAAUAUAAUCAAAAAAUGCAUAACUUAAACGCCGAUACUUUAUAUUUCGUACGCAUCAAAGUGAUUGAUAAAAAACAGAGGAUAAGUGAACCAAGUCCCGAGGCUAAUGCGCGAACAGGUUGUGCAGUUCCUAUAUCUCCACCGUCGAACGUUAAUGUUCAUUCACCUUCAUCGACUCAAAUAAGAAUCAGUUGGCAAGCGCCUUCACAAAGCUCUUGGCGUUGUUCAAAUAUUCGAUACAAAAUUGAAUAUAUGAAUGGUACUAGCCCAAGGCACCAGAUCGAUGUACCAAGUGGAGUGACGGAAAAAGUCAUAGAUUCAGCACCUAAUACAUUGUGGCGUGUACGAGUACGACUAGAAAAUGAUGCUGGUGCAUCUGACUGGAGCAAAGAAGUUUCAAUACGAACAAGUGAAGGAGCUCCGGGUACAGUGGAAGGACUAACAGCUAGAUCCGAUGGACCAAAUUCAGCAAUCGUUUCAUGGAAUCAACCGAUACAAACCAAUGGCAUUAUUACAGGCUACGCGGUUAUUUAUAGACUUAAAUCGAUUGGUGAAUGUGGUCCAAGAAGUUCACGACCAAUAACAAAAAAUGUGCAAGAUGAAAAACUGGUCCUUGAUGGCUUGCUUCCAGAUUCGACGUACGAGAUAUAUGUAAUUGCACAUACUUCUCAGGCAGGGCCACAGUCUUCGCCCGUAACCUUUACUACUGAAGAAUCUAUUCCAACCGGACCACCUCUCAAUGUCCGCAUGAGUUCAGUUACACAAACAAAAGGUGACCUAUUGUGGAAUGAACCAGAAUGUGAAAUGAGACAUGGAAAGAUCAUUGGUUAUGAUUAUGUGUUGCAAAGUUUGGAUAUUUGGGCAGAAAAUGAAUCCGAUUAUACGACCUUGCAAAAAGUCUAUUUCGAUAAACUUGUGCCAUACACUCGAUAUAGAGUUCGAGUUCGAGCUAAGAAUUCUGUUGGACAUGGACCAUUUUCAGAUUGGAUAUCAUUCCAAACGCAUCCAUCUGCGCCUUUUGCACCAUCAGAUCUUGUCGAAGAGCAGUCAUUCCCACAUGCCAUCGAAAUAUCUUUCAUUCCUCCUGUUCCACCGCAUGGAUUAAUCAAUGAAUAUAGAAUACGACACACACCAACGGGACAACGCAAUUUCAAAGAAGUUCGUGUAGGUGUCGAGCAUUUGCAAUGCUCAGAUUCCAGCAAAAAGAAUCGUCUUUGCUAUCGAGUGGUCAACUUAGAUCCUGAACUUGAAUAUGAAAUACAAGCUGCUGCACAUUCUGUUGGCGGUGGUUGGGGAACAUGGAGUGAACCACUUUUAGCUAGCACUCAUGAACAAAAUAUACCCGUGUUGGAGCGCGAACUUGAGGUAGUCGAUAUAAAACCAACCAGUAUUACAGUUCGUUGGAGAGGACUCGACGGUGAUCAAGCCGCACAUAUUGUUGGAUAUGUUGUCGAAUAUAAAUCAGAGGCUGAUGAUGAUGAAUGGAAGGAAUACAAUGGAAUUACGAAACAUAAGCCUCGAAUGAAUGAAUAUAAGAUAAACGUUCGACAGUUGGAAUCCGCAACUGAAUAUUUCUUCCGUUUGAAAGUGGUUGGGAAAAACGACAAAAGAGGAUCACCUGGACCGGAAGCGCCACCAGAAGAGGUUAAACUUGAACCUAUUGAUUUCGAAACACUAAAGGUGUCAUGGCGUAAACCAGAAAAAACGACGUGGAAUUGCAAGGACGUCGAAUAUUUGAUUGAAUUUGUAAACACUACUUCUCGAGGUGUGAUUAGUGCGCCAUCCGAUUCGAAAGAAAUGUUAUUAUCAACCCUUCCCGGUACAAAAUGGGAUAUAAAAAUGCGAACUCAAACACUUGAAGAGGGUUAUAAGCCAAAUUACAGUCCUUGGAGCGACCGUGUUACACUCAUUACUCAGGCACUACCCGGAGAAAUCUUUGUUAAAGUAGAACCAAAAGGUCCUGAAACUGCUCAUGUCAUGUGGGACUUAGCAGAUCAAGAUCAAAAAUGGAAUUAUGGCGUUGAUAUAACAUAUAAAUUGAAACAACUUGGAGGCUGUGCAGAAUCUCGCAGUGGUGAUCAUGAACCUAUUACAAAAUAUAACGUGCAAGAUAAAUUAAUCAUUCUAGAUGAUUUGAAGCCUGGUUCUGAAUACGAAAUAAUCGUAACACCUCGUAGGCCGCCUACGUUGCAUUCUUCUGUAGUUUCACCCAAAACUGUUCGACGAUUCCGCACAAAAACGGAUCUACCUUCUGGUCCACCUAUGAAUUUACGUGUUGAUUCACGUAGAAAUACCGAAAUUGGCUUUAAAUGGGAUCCGCCCGUUUGUGCAUCACAGAAUGGAAAAAUUACACAAUAUGAAUUCGAGGUGGUAGGUGAUGAAGAAUGGAAUGAUGACAAGCGUGAAGGUGUUACUCCUCGAACAAAUGUUGUGGUUGAUCAACUUAAACCUGGUUCCUUAUAUAAUGUAAGAGUACGUGCAUAUACCAGUGAAGGAGCUGGACCAUGGUCAAACAGCAUUCAAAUUAGAACAACUGGUUCUGAAUUAGGACCCCCUCGAGAACUGACUGCAGUACAGACUAAAGCAAAAUCUGUUCAGCUCACUUGGCUUCCACCUUAUCCCGAGCGUACUCCUGUAGUGGCAUACAAAUUUAAAUACAGCCCACGAGCGGACGAUUCAAAUCCCAUGCUACUUGAAGUUUCGGGUGAUGACCUAAGUUGUCAAGGUUAUAAGAGCCCUCUUAUCACUUCCGAAAAUCUUUGCACAACUAUCAAAUCAUUACAACCGGAUACCACUUACAGCUUUGCCGUACAAGCGCAGUCGACAUCUAGUAAUUGGGGUGAAUGGUCCCCCACUUAUUUUGCAACAACUCGAUCAGCCGAUGAUGGGCCAAUUCCUGGCAAACUUCGACUAGUUUCUGCAGGCCACGACAAUCUGAGAGUAAAUUGGAUCGUUCCACCUGUUAUACGUGAAAUGAUUGAUCGCUAUUUGGUCACCAUAUCAGUCGCAAGUGCUUUUGACCAAUAUCCAAAAGAGUUCAAUACGCCUGGUUCGCAAAAUGAUUUCCAUUUUCGUGGCCUUGAACCUGUUACACAUUAUAAUAUUACAGUGCAAGGCCUUUCUAAAGGAAAGCAUUUAUGGUUUAUAUCUGAAAUCUUUGCCACCACAGAUUAUGCAGAAGGUCUCUUAUCAUGGUUACCAGCGCCUACUGAUCUAAAACUCUUGGAGAAGGCAGAUACGAUGAUGCAUGUCGCAUGGAGUCCACCAGAAAUUUUUGAUCCUCAAUAUAAAGAUUUAAUUACUCAUUAUAGGAUAACAAUCGCUCCAUACGAUAAAAUUACUUCAACUACUGGGCGCAUUAAAAACUAUACAGUGCCAUAUCCGGGCACAUCUAUAAAGUUUGAAGAUCUUAAUCCAGAGACUAUAUAUAAUAUCACCGUUCAAGCCGGAACCAACAGUGGCUAUGGACAAAUUUUGUGGGGAAUUUACAGUACAUUAGCUCCCGACCAAAGUCACAUAUUGAAACUGAUUCAUCGUACACCAACUACUUUAACAGUCGGAUGGGAACCGACAUCGAGGAUGAAUCAAGGCUAUACGUUGACUUGGACAAGUUUACAUUCUGUAUUUCCGCAUGUUCGACUAGAUAAAAUAAAAUCUACAACAAUCGAUAGCGGCAUUAGAAAUUAUACAAUUGAAAACUUGGAGCCAUCCACUAUAUAUAAUGUAACAUUGCAACCAAAAGGUAGUGCAGAAAGUGCUUGGGGAGCAUAUGCAACUUUACCGCCAGGAUGGUUUAUCGUUCGCAAUUUCGUUUGGUGUGAUCGGACAAAUUACGCAAUUUCACUAAAUUGGGAACCACUUCCGUUGAAGUUAGCAACUCAUUAUCAGGUUCAAUAUUUACGAUUAAAGGAACAUGGUACUGCUUGGAUUAAAGAAGAAGAACGAAGAGCAGUCGAGUUGCUAUGUCCGAAGGAUGGCUGUAAUCGGCAAUGCUAUUUGGUUUUCAAUUUAGAGCACAAUCCUGACGAAUACAUCUUUCAGAUAAGGGCUAAGGUUAACGGACAGUGGAAUCAUUGGAAAACAGCAGGAAAGCCUGCAGUCUUUGAGAAACCCGAAAGAAAAGCGGCUUGUUGCAUAGUACCACCACCAUAUCCCGUUGAAAACAUUGGUCUACCUGGCACUUUUUGGGAAGUUGACAUAGCACCUGUUGAAUCUCGACCGCAAAACAUUUCCCGUUAUUACGUCGUCGUGGAUGAACGUGAACCUGCGGGUAGCACAAACUGGACAGAAUUAACUGAUAAAGUAACGGCAACUAAGUUAAAACUACCGUAUUAUGUGGCAGCAUCAUUUAAUGCGGACACACUUCCAACACCGACUAAGGUAAAGAUUGGAGAUGGCACGGUUAUUGGUGGAUAUCUCAAUUAUCCACUCGUUAAAGGAAAAAAAUACAAUUAUGAAAUUUAUUCCGUCUGGGAAUUGGAUGGAAAACCAGCGGUUGUUGCUCGUCAACGAGGUGAGUUUCGUUUGGAUUCAUUCGAAUCAUUUAAGUGA